UGGACACGCGCAUUGUAAAAGACUCGUAAGAGAGAGUGUGUGUGCGUGUGGAGACUGAAAUCGGCUUCCGUCAGGGCAAGUCCGUGUUUGUACCGUCCCAAUAACCUUUUUCAACCUUACAUCGAGAAUAUCUCUCCAUAAAAUACAGCACAUGAGUAGUAAGAUAUUCCCAAUGCAAGGCUCUAAAAGCUACUCGAACGGGCGUUGCCCUCGCGGAAGCCGAACUCGUGGGGACUGGGGAGGGAAAGUGGUACUGUGGUAGGCUGGUAGCUAGACAGCAGUGAGUGAGAGAGAGAGAGAUCGCAGGAGAUACCGAGUGGGUCGCGGGGAUGGGGCGAGAGAAGAUAAAAGGUUGGAAGUAAAGAUUUCAAAUUCCCAAGUCAGAACAGGGAGCGAAGCGAUGGAAAGUAGACGAUUUUGAAUCUUUUCUUCUUUUGCGUGGUUGAAUCUUCCCCCUUUUUUUUCUGGAUUUUCUCUAGCCUGAACCCGGUGAGAGGAAGAAGUUUCCAAGUUCAAUAACGGAGAAAAAGAGAGACGAGAUCUAAUUUAAUCGUUUUUUUGGUCUUUGUUUUCUUUCAAAUUACCCUAUAGGGGACUGGGGGGAGUAAUUUUCUGAUUUGGGUUUGCUUCGUGAAGACUAAGUAUCCAAAUUUUAGGAAAAAAUAACGAACUUGAUGAGCUCUUACCUCCGAGGUUCUCUUUUUCCAGGAAUCUAAAUGGGGUUUUGGUUCCUGGGUUUGGAUUUAUGGCAACCUGUCUUUUGCUUUAGAUGGAGAAUUGAUUCAAGGGUUUAAAGAUUUUCCGUUACGCUGUCUCCUUUUGUUUCAUCUCUCUCUGCCGUUUCAUACGGUUUUGGGUUCUGAGGUGAUGAGGAUGGAGGAAAAUGCAGCAGCUUUACACACGGUUUUGAAUUCGAUACAGGCUUUAGGCAGGGGUUUCGAUGUGAACUUUGACACGAGGUUGCUUUACUGCAAAGGAGUUGCAGGAUCUAGGAUAGUUGAGGUCGAUGAAGAUCACACGAGAGAUCUGUUGGUCUAUGAAGGUGUAGUUGUGCCCAAUGUUUCCAGGGACAUCAACAGUUCUCAAGAGACAAUUGGGCGUAGGAGUACGGCCAUUUGCAGUUUCUAUGAGAUGGUGGAGAAUUUUAAUAGAAGGGCCCAUCUACAGGGAAGCAUUUCUCUUGGAAGCUUUAAUUUUGUAUUUAACUUUACUGGUUCAAAACAAAUCGAUGCUGCGGGUACAAAGAGCCUUGCCAUGGAUGGCUAUUUUAUCCCACUUUGCAAAGUUCAGCUCAAAAAGUCCCAGCUAGUGUUGCAAGAAAAUGUUAAACAGGCAAUCCCAUCUUCAUGGGAUCCUUCAUCCUUGGCAAGAUUUAUAGAAAACUUUGGAACACAUGUCAUUACAUCCAUAACUAUUGGUGGCAAGGAUGUAAUUUACGUGAAGCAGCACCAUUCAUCACCUUUAUCAACUAUGGAGAUAAAAAACUAUGUUCAGGACAUUGGAGAUCAGAGGUUCUAUGACACACAAAGCCGUACGUGUUCAGGUCCAAUAAAAUUGAAGGACAAGGCUGUGGAUCCUUGUUUAUUCAACAACCAAGGAGUAUACCCUCAACCUCUUACUUCUCCUUAUCUUGCUGGAAAAGAAGAUGUUAUAGUCAUCUUCAGGCGGAGAGGAGGGGAUGAUCUAAUCCAACGUCACACCUUAUGGGCAAGAACUGUCCAUGCCUCUCCGGAUGUCAUUGAUAUGACUUUCUUCCCUAUUACCUCUCUCCUUGAAGGGGUACCUGGAAAGGACCAUCUGACCCGUGCCAUUAGCCUCUACCUUGAAUACAAGCCUCCAAUUGAAGAGCUGCGAUAUUUCCUAGAAUUUCAGAUCCCUAGGAUAUGGGCACCAGUGCAGGACAAGCUUCCAGGCCACCAGAGAAAGGAACCAGUUUGUCCUUCCAUGCAGUUUAGCAUGAUGGGGCAGAAGCUUUAUGUUAGCCAAGAGCAUGUAUCAGUUGGACGUAAGCCUGUAACAGGUUUGAGAUUACGCCUAGAAGGUGCUAAACAGAACCGCCUCAGUAUUCAGCUUCAGCACUUAGCUUCCCUUCCAAAGAUCCUCCAGCCAUACUGGGACAGCCAUGUGGCUAUUGGUGCAUCCAAGUGGCAGGGACCUGAGGAGCAAGAUAGUCGAUGGUUUGAGCCAGUGAAAUGGAAGAACUUCUCUCAUGUUAGCACUUCUCCAAUCGAGAAUAAUGAGACUUUCAUAGAUGACCAUUCUGGUGUAUACAUAGUGACUGGUGCACAGCUUGGAGUAUGGGAUUUUGGGACAAGAAAUGUGUUAUACAUGAAGCUUUUGUAUUCUAGACUACCAGGCUGCACAACACGGAGGUCUUUGUGGGACCAUUCUCCUGUAAGUAUGAAAGACAGGUUGAAGGAUCCAGCUAUAGGAAGUACAUCCAGCUCUAGCGACUCCGGUUCUAGUGCAAAAGAUGUCACAGGCAACAAACUAGCCAAGUUUGUUGAUAUGACGGAGAUGAGCAAGGGGCCACAGGAUUCCCCAGGUCAUUGGUUGGUGACUGGUGGAAAACUUGGAGUGGAGAAAGGGAAGAUAGUUCUUAGAGUGAAAUACUCAUUGUUGAAUUACUGAGUUACUGCAAAGACAUUUGUCUGAUAUCCUGAAGUAGUACUGGCUUUUAUUGGCAGAGUUGGUAUGCUCCAAGUCCAAGGGGGUGGGCUUGAUGGACUGAAUUGACUGGAAUGUUGGAUCUUAUCUUUGGUGAGUUUUGGUCAUCUCACCACCCGGGAUGCAAAUUGUGUCAUGGAAUGGGUGAUACCGGUCUCAAUGAUGAGGGAUCUCCUCUGGUUAUAUGGACUGAAAUUGGCUUCAUGAAAUGAUAUAACGAAGUGAAAAGGGUUAGAGCUUUUAACAAUCUAGCUGUAUAUUGGAGGGUGUUGUGAGAGAUUGAAGUCACUGAACAUUAAAAUUUUGAAUUUCACAUCACUUUCUGCUGAUGGUUGAUAAUGGAACGCCAAUCUCCUGUAGCGUAUGAAUAGUAAUCAACGAGGAAGGGAAAUUUGGCUUUUGGUUGUAGUAUCUGUGUAUGACUCAAGGUCACCUUACCAGGUGGCUCAGUUGGGAUAUAUGGACAUUUGUUUGUAGCGGA